AUGGCAUUUGCCUCAAUUAACAAUUCGGGCGCGCCCAUUGUCGCUAUCGAAGAGGCAUUCGCGACUGAGCCCUCAUUAAAGAAGAGAGUCUACGAUGCGAUCGGAACAACACCGCUGCACCAACCUCUGUUUGAGGAUCUUGCGAAAUACACCUCCAGCCUGCUGGCCAGGACUUCCAACACUACCCUCCCUUCCCGGCCCCCGGCCAAUGACGCCCCUUCGGCUAAAAAGCGCAAACUUCAAAAUGGCGACUCAGGCGAUGCUGUGCAGACGUUAGUCAACAUGAAGGACGGCAAUGCGCCGUUGCACUUCUACGUUCAAGAUGUCUCUUUCGCUACGCCGCAGAGAAAGAAGCUCACGCUUGAGAUUACUACUGGACACCGAUUCCUGCGGGCAAGGAACCAAGCUACAAAAGAGAUUGAAUUCGGUGUUUCUAUGGACAAAAUCCGACAUGCGCUCUGCCUUCCUGUGCCAGAAAAGACCCAGAAACAGUUCAAUUUCUGCAUCAUUCCCGAGUAUGCAGAUGGCAUCACACCCCCACCCGAGGGAACGGCAGUCUCCGAAGCUAUGGUGUUUACGAUAGCCGAUGGGCCGGCCAAGGCUGCAUUUUUAGGGAAUGGGAAAAAGGUUGGCAAUAGUGCGGGCGAAACGGCCGAGGAAUUGCUUCGCAAAACCCUGAAUGAGAGCAUGUCUCACAUCAAGGUUGUGCGCCCUGAUGAGCGUCAGUUCGUCAGUGCCAUGCCAGAGGCGCACCGAAAGGGCGAGAAAGCAUACCAUGUUAAGGCAUUCCGCGGCAGCAAAGAAGGCUACCUAUUCCUUCUGCCUACGGGCAUUCUGUUCGCAUUCAAGAAGCCUCUUCUGUUUUUCUCGUUUGACACCAUUGACUCGGUAUCUUACACAUCUGUCCUACUGCACACGUUCAAUUUGAACGUCAUGGCUCGUGCGGCAAACGGCACCGAGGAGGACAUCCAGGAAUAUGAAUUUUCAAUGGUUGACCAGGAAAACUUCUCUGGAAUCGACGCUUAUAUCAAGCGUCACGGUCUUCAAGAUGCCAGUUUGGCUGAAGCGCGUCGCGCUAAGCGCUACAAUGUGAACAAGACCGGGGAAGAUGCAGCAGCAGCUACCGCUGAAGGAGGCGGUGAAGAUGAAAGCGAGCUUCAGAAAGCCCAGCGCGAGCUUGAAGAUCAAGAAGAUGAAGAAGAGGAGGACUACGACCCUGGCAGUGACGAUAGUGAAGGCAGCGGGUCCAGCAGUGAAGAGGACAGUGACGAUGAAGAAGAAGAAGAAGCCCAGAACAGUGAUGAAGAUAUGGAUCUGGUCAGAGAUGAGCUUGGCAGUGCAGCCGAAGAUGGAGAUGCUGGAGACCAUUAA